AUGUUCCCUGGGGACCCCGUUUCGUCAUCAACCUUCGAUCAAUUCCAGGAUCUAUCGACGACGACGGGCUACCCGACAAGCAAUAUAACAACGGCGGACGACAUCGACUGGACGGCCCUGGGCUGCUUGCCCGGUUCUGGAAACGGACUGAGCGAGCCUCCUGCCAAUAGUCUCGAGAGUCAGAGUCAGGGUUUCUCUAGCGUUGACUCUCCUGAACUCCCGUUCGAUCACAACCAACCCACAAUAACCACCACAGCGCCUUCCACCACCCAUACCGCAACCUCAACACCAACGACACACUCAACCCACUCAAGCCAAAUGCCCUCGGCAACCUCGACCCUCCCCACUCCAUCCCCCGCCUCCCGCGAGUCCUCACCAAAGGAGAACCCCUCACGCAUCUCAAAGCGCCAGCUCAACACCAUGGCCGCAAGACGCUACCGCCAGCGCCGCCUCGACCGGAUGACCCAGCUCGAGGAAGAGCUGGAGGCCAUCAAGCGCGAACGUGACGAGUUGAAGAUGCGUGUUUCCAAACUUGAGGGGGAGACCGAGGCACUCAGGAGUAUGGCCAAGGAGAAGAGUUAG